GGUGGAGGGGCGGGACUCCGGAAGCCGGUCCGGGGCAGCUGCCCGGUGGACACCGAUCCCCGGGGAUCCCAGUCUUAGCUCCUCUUCACCUCCGUGUUUUGCCGAGGCCUGGACAUUCCUCGCGCGUGGAGGCGGAAGCGGCUGCUGGGCCGUCCUCUGGCGAAGGGGCCUGGCCCUGCUCCGCCAUGUCCGGGGGCUUCGAGCUGCAGCCGCGGGAUGGCGGACCCCGGGUGGCUCUGGCGCCCGGGGAGACGGUGAUCGGUCGCGGGCCGCUAUUGGGAAUAACAGAUAAGAGAGUCUCCAGAAGACAUGCCAUUGUUGAAGUGGUAGGUGGUCAGCUUCGAAUCAAGCCGAUACACACAAACCCCUGUUUUUAUCAGUCUUCUAAAAGAAGUGAGCUCUUACCUAUGAAGAACAAUCUGUGGCACUGGUUGAAUCCUGGGGAUACUUUUUCUCUUUUGGUUGACAAGUAUGUUUUCCGUGUUUUUUCUACAAAGUCUGAAACAGAAUUGGAAUGUACUUUGAGAAACAGCCAAAUGCUUGAUGAAGAUGAUAUACCACAGGAAACACCAGAAUCUCCUGUGGUUAAUUCACCUGAUAAGACACCGGGUGCCUCACAGCUAGAAAGAAACACAGAAAUGUCCAGGGCUCAGACCACUGCUACAGCAAGUGUGUCUUUUGCAGCUGAUUGUGGAGACUUCGGUGAUCGGCAGCUAAACCCUGCCCAGAGGAAAAGAAUCCUCCCGGCUUGGAUGUUAGCAGAUCAUUUAAGUGAUGAAAACUCUUCAGUAUCUGUUAUCAGUGAAGGUAGUGUGAUUCAGGAAAAUGGAAAAGAUAGAAUUUGUGAAAAUAAAACCCAGGUAAACAUAACACAGCAAGGAAGAAAAAGGUCGACUUCAUCAGGAAAUUCAGAAACAAUAUUAGCAGAGCAAGACACAGGAAAAAAGUGCAAAACUGCUGAUCAAGAAGAGGCUGUCAUUUCAUCCAAGGAAAAACUGCAGUCACUUGCUGCAAUCAGUUUAAGCAGGACAGAGAUGUAUAACAAGAAGACUGCUACACAGAGAGAUGAAAUCCUAACAGAGGAGUUUGGUGAGGUCUCCGAACAGAAAUUUGUCACUAAAGAAACACCAAGUAGAGAAGAUCAGGCAACAGGUGGUUCUGAGAGCUGCCUUAGUACCCAGGACAAUGAGUCUGAAGGACCCCAUCCUGAAUCUAGCUCUGAUCCCCUCAGUCCUGAACUUUUACGUGCAAACACACCCGAUUCAGUUCCACAAGGUUCUAAGGAAAACGGAAUCAAGAGGACAUCCUGCAUGUAUGGGGCAAACUGCUACAGGAAGAAUCCUGUCCAUUUUCAACACUUCAGCCACCCUGGUGACAGUGAUUAUGAAGAUGUUCCAGUCCCAGGUCAAGAGGAGACGGAUGACCGGCCUGAAUGUCCCUAUGGAGCAUCCUGUUACAGGAAGAAUCCCCAGCACAAGAUAGAAUAUAGACAUAAUACAUUCCCAGUGAGAAAUGCUGUAGAUGAAGAUAACGAGCAACCUGAUGACUGUGACCUGAGUGACAGCUUUCAAGAAGAUGAAGAAGAAUGUGAUCCAACAGAUGAAGAUCCCGACUGGGAGCCAGGAAAGGAAGAUGAGGAGAAGGAAGAUGUGCAAGAGCUUUUGAGAGAAGCAAAAAAGUUCUUAAAAAGAAAAAAGUAACUCUUCAAUAAUAGAUCAUUCAAAUUCACCUGUUCUUUGUGAGAAAAAAAUUACAGCUUGAGGGGAUUCUUCAGUGAUCAUUAUUUCUUUUGGUAGCUAUGGCUUUUACUAUUGACUCUUUGCAGAGGGGACAUAAUGUUAGCCUUCAGUGUAAUAGACUUUGUUGCCUUUCUGUCGUGUUUAAAGCAACUGGAAAUAGGAAGAACACAGAAGUUAAAGAACAGUAGUUUGCUAUUUUUCUCAUACUUUGUGUGUUGAUAAUAAAAAAUGAAAAUCA